CUCCUAUAGCACUCAGCGAGGCACUUUACAUCGCACUGACAGAGGAGCGACCAUUCCCUGAAGCUCCCAUCCAGGCUGCAGCAUCCGUAAAGAGGGAAUAUCGUUUUCGAAAGCUUGCUUUUGAAGGUGGAACCGAGCGAAACAUGUCUUACCAAGGAAAAAAGAACAUCCCGAAGAUCACAAGUGACCGGCUUCUGAUCAAAGGCGGGAGGAUUGUGAAUGAUGACCAGUCCUUCCAUGCCGAUAUCUACAUGGAGGAUGGCGUUAUUAAGCAGAUCGGCGAUAACCUGAUCGUGCCUGGUGGGGUGAAGACCAUCGAGGCCAACGGAAAGAUGGUGAUCCCCGGUGGCAUUGACAUCCACACGCACUUCCAGAUGCCGUACCGUGGAACCACAACCGUAGACGACUUCGCACAGGGAUCAAAGGCUGCUCUUGCUGGGGGCACGACCAUGAUCGUGGACCAUGUGAUCCCAGAGCCCGGUAGCAGCCUGAUGGAGGCAUAUGACCAGUGGAGGCAGUGGGCCGAUGAAAAGGCCUGCUGCGACUACUCCUUCCACGUGGAUAUCACCCACUGGAACGACAGCAUAAAGCAGGAGGUGGAUAACCUCAUCAAGGAGAAAGGUGUGAACUCAUUCCAGGUCUACAUGGCUUACAAGGAUUACUACCAAAUGAGCAACAGUGAGCUCUAUGAUGUCUUUACCUUCUUGGCAGAGAGGGGAGGCAUCGCUCAGGUCCAUGCUGAAAAUGGCGAGAUCAUCGCUGAGGAGCAGGCCCGCAUGCUGCAGAUGGGUAUCACUGGGCCAGAGGGACACGUGUUGAGCAGGCCAGAAGAGCUGGAGGCGGAGGCAGUGUUUCGUGCCAUCACCAUCGCCAGCCAAACCAACUGUCCUCUCUAUGUGACCCGAGUCAUGAGCAAGAGUGCUGCUGACAUCAUCUCACAGGCCCGGAAAAAAGGGAAUGUUGUGUUUGGGGAGCCAAUCACGGCCAGCCUGGGGACUGAUGGGACGCAUUACUGGAGCAAGAAUUGGGCCAAGGCUGCUUCUUUUGUAACAUCACCUCCUCUCAGCCCUGAUCCCACCACUCCAGACUAUCUGAACACACUGUUGUCCAGUGGAGACCUGAGUGUUACUGGCAGUGCUCACUGCACCUUCAGUGUGUCCCAGAAGGCCAUUGGCAAGGAUGACUUCACUCAGAUCCCAGAGGGUGUCAACGGUGUGGAGGAGAGGAUGACCCUCAUUUGGGAUAAAGCUGUGACUACAGGUAAAAUGGAUGAGAACAUGUUUGUGGCAGUCACCAGCACCAACGCAGCUAAGAUCCUGAACCUGUACCCUCGUAAGGGUCGGAUCGCCGUGGGCUCUGAUGCUGACCUGGUCAUCUGGGACACAGACUCCAUCCGCACCAUCACUGCCAAGACACACAAUUCGGUUGCAGAGUACAAUAUCUUUGAGGGCAUGGAGCUGCGUGGAGCCCCACUAGUGGUGAUUUGCCAGGGGAAGAUUAUUCUGGAAGACGGGAACCUGCAUGUCACUUCCGGUGUGGGUCGCUUCAUUCCCUGCACUCCCUUCCCUGACUUUGCCUACAAGCGUGUUAAAGCCAGGAAGCAGCUGGCGGUCUUGAGGGCUGUUCCCAGGGGAAUGUAUGACGGCCCGGUGUCUGAAUUCUCCAUGUCCCGUGGUGGUACCCCCUCGGCCUCUGCACGUACAUCUCCCACCAAACAGCCUGUCAGAAACCUGCACCAGUCCGGAUUUAGUCUAGCAGGUAACCCUGCACCAUGCGCUCCCCCCACCCCAGAUGACAUCCCAAUCAGGCCUGCUGGCCGGCGUAUUGUAGUGCCCCCUGGUGGUCGUUCCAACAUCACAUCACUCAGUUAAACAGCAGGACAACAAGGGGACGCAUUCAGAAAACGACAGCAGACAGAGUGCAGGAUCCCCGGAGGGAGGGUAAA